AUGCUAUCGGCCAGCAAUCAAUAUUCUAGAAAUGUAAAGACUCUAGAAAUUUGCGUGAAUUACGAGUUGCCAUCUCUGGUCUACAAAUUUAUAAGAGCCGAUAUCAUUUUGUCUUAUAGAAUAUAUAGAAGAAUGGAACUAACUUCGGCCGUUGUUACUGCCAUCUUCUUGAGCGGUUACAAGUCAGCAGUCGAUAGCAUAGGGCCGAGAAAAACAUCCACAAUUGUAGAAAACAAAAAAUAUGUUAUUUCUGCUGGGUCAUUUGAUCGCAGAAGCGUACAAAACGCUCGUAGAUUGGCUCUGAUAGUCCCAAGGGAGACGACAAAUGCUCAACAAUAUAAGACUUUUACGACUUCAUCUUCCAACAAAUCCUGCUGCCCUUGCUGUUAUUGCGAGCAGAUGAGAAUCAAGUACACGCCAUCGAAGCACCAAGGAACCUUCUACACACCGAACUUCCCAGACAAGUACCCUCAGAAGAUCAACUGCCUAGCGUACACCUUUGAAGGGGCAAGCACGCACCUUGUGGAGAUGACCUUUCUUGAGUUUGACCUUCCUGGACCUUCUAGUCAUUCAAGCACCAUAAUUGGCAGGUCCAUGAAUCCAGUGACGAAAAAUAAUAAAAAGCCAACGACAAAGAGGAAAACCAGCGAACGUGACAGCCAAAACCCGCAUAUUUGCAUCUACAGCAACGGCAUUUCUGAUCAGAGCUUAGGAUUUAAAUUUCGAGAGUAUUUCAACUUCUCCAAAGAUGCAAAUUGA